CCGUCCGCUGUGCCUGAGCGACAUCAGCGCCGGACAGCAACUACGCAAGAUAGUUUCACUAUUGCUCUCAUUGCUGACUAGUGAUGUUGACUUCAAACCACGCUCUCCACAGGUCCAACCUAGCCACUACCACGGACGGAGCCUGUUACGUCGACAGAAGCACGGCAUGGGCCGUCUGCCACUCGUUAUCGCAGCCAUCGCCCAUCAGUGAAAAUCACUAUCAUCAUGAUCCGACCGCGGCGAACCCUGCCCAGAGCCACCAAGUGCUAGUCCAGAGGCCAGUCCAGCCUGCGGCCCAACAAGUUACCGAUACACUGUACGUACCUCCGGUUGGUAGCAGUGUAGCAACCGGCUAGCUUCUUUUUUGGCAUCGGUCUGGCAUGGGCCCGGGCAUCGCUUCUCCGGUCGAGCUUUACCGCCAGAGGAGAGCCUGAAUGCACGUGGCGCAAGAGCAGAGGACGGGAGACAAAGAUCCGUGAAGCCCGCAUCGUCAGGCUGAACUGUUGAGGCCGGGGAAACAGCUCAUACUUGUGUAUAGAGGAGGGGACUUGGGUGGGAAUUGGGACCACUUAGGAAGAGGGUUGCUGGGGAUCAGCUUGUGAGCUCUCGAGGGAGCUUCAAGUUCAGGGAGCUCCUGUGGAGCUUGGACCACCGACGGAUAGCUGGUACAUGGGUGCGGCGGAGGCCCCGGUCGGAUUUGAGGACGCCGACUCGAUCGGUUCUAUCGUAAUGCCAGAGUCUGAUAAAAUGGAGGACCUGACAGACGCUCAGGUGCAUGAUUGGGUGACUGGGUCAGGAGACGUCGGCAGGGGAAAAAGAGGCGAGCGAUGGAUGAAGCAUGUGAGAAUUCGGAGACACGAUUCGCUGAUGGGUUUGCAAAGUGGUCUGAGGAUGAGCCGAUAUACAGCUGGAUGCGGAAAAGCGCUGCACCAGCCACUGCCGAAGAAAUCCGGAUCCAGGAUGACAGACUAUCAUAGUGCUAUACUAUGUACAACCAGUUCCUAGCACAAGCACAAGGUUUGCAUAAGCUACCGCCCAGGGAGAAUUCCGGCCACUCUCCCAGGGAUUGUACUUCCAGCGUCGCACCGCAAUAAUGUGCUAGCUGCUACUGUAGCUGUCCCGGCACCACUCGCCACGGAGAGAGUUAUUUUAAUACUGCUCCAGUACGACUGUAACUGUCAGAUACAACAUCUGGAGAUCCAGAUCUAGAUCUACAAGUCGGCGGUGUCGGCUUCUUUUCUGGAUGUGUGUUGAUGACCACGAUAUUUAUUAUUUCAAGAGCUUCCAUCUCAGAGUUUGGUCCAGUUGUAUGCCAUCGUGGUGUCAUUCCACCUAACAGUCUUUGAGAAGCUCACCUGUCUUUCCAUGUUUACGUACGUUCCCUGCCUCGGUUUCUGUGGUACAGUGUAUGGUCUCUUCUGAUUCCUGUCACCGGAUCUACCAAGCCUGGCUGUAUCCGCCAUCACGGUAAGAUCUAUCAGUCAGCGAGUGAGUGGCCGGAUACAGACGUUCACAGGGCAUACCGCUUGCAAUCAUAGCGUUCUCACUGUCCCAAAUCCCUCAUGUAGCUGGAACAGCCAUUGGUGAAUGGCAUGUGAAGAGCCACCAAAAUAUCAUGAGAUCAAUCAAGGUCCCAGCAUCAUGGUUGACGGUCUACCAAAGUCUACCCCCGGAUUUCGAAGUCCGCAUGUCCCAUAUUCUGUAGUAGUGGCAGUCCGUCCCGCUGUAUCUGAGCACAUCAGCCUAAUAAUGCGUAGGUAACCAGGGGCUUUGCAAUUGCAGCCACUGUGCCUCGUCCUCAACAUCGACAGGAUGCCUUCCAACAGAUGGAUGGUGUUAUGCGUUGUGCCCUUUCAUGCUUGCUACGUCCCUUGCUGGAGAGAGGGGGUAGCAGCGUGCCAGUCAGAAGCCCGAGGCGGCCUUAGGCUUGGUGACAAAUUGAAGGUAUGAGCAGAUUGGGAAGGAUAAAUGAUGCGUAGGUCGUUUCUCAAUGUGGGACCAGUGGGUGUCGUUGUAGACGCGCACUGCAGUGGUUGUCUAGUGGUAAGUCGGUUCCUCUCCCUCUCCGUGACCCAAACGGGAAAAGAACCAUAUCAGUGUUCAGCAGAACUCGAAGAUGCUGCGGGGUUGAACUCUUGCGACCGUUGUUGAUAAGGCGUCAAGACACAAGAUAUUGUGCAGAUGCUUCAUCUAACCUGUUCGUCUCAAAGGACCACAGCCGGCUAGUAGUAGUAUCGAACUAACGUACACGCUGCAUGGGACCUAGGUAGGGAGGUAGUCCUAUCCCGUCUUAUCGAGCCAAUGCCAGUGGUAAGUGUACACCCCCGCGUAUCAGGCAGAUAACUUCUGCCAGUGUACCUACCUAAGGUACAUCUCACUGCAUCUGACUUCUCACGCUGAGAACACCUCUCUCUCACGACGGAGGACGUUCUGCUUUCUUCUGCCGCGAGAGCUCUUCCAGAUCUGGCUCCAAGAUGUCCGCCACGGCAGCGGUGACCACCACCACCACCACCACCACCACCACCACCACCAUCACCACCAUCCCUUCCUCCGCCGCCUUGUCUGAGUCUCAAUACUAUGGCAAGCUGCGCUUCAUUCCCCGCGGACAGACGCCAACUGCGUCGCCGCACAAUUUCCACCUGCCGGCAAUGGCCGAGUUUAGUGACGUGCGUCUACAACCGCUCAUCGACUUGCGUCCUGUGCCCACAGUGGCAGAACUGCCUACCGCCAAAGAAGGCACCGCCCAACUUUCCACCCAUGGGUUCACCGCAGUGCGGCACCCGACAACGAUGAACUCAGCCCCAUAUACUCGAGAGAGUUGGAAGAACCCCAGGCUUCUGAGGGAGCUAUACGUGCCUGAGACGGAGGAGAUGGUCAAGCAGAUCACGGGCGCUAAGACUGUCAUCACCGAGGCUCUGCUGUUGCGUAGCGCCGUGUGGUCGGAGGAAGACGCAUUGGCAACUCAUGCAGGACAUGGGCAGAAGCAGGAAGAAACAGUGCCUCAAGACGAGGAGCUGGAGCUGGGCUUUCCGCAGUUCAUCGGCUUCUCCCCCAAGAACGGCGGUGUCAGUCCCGCACCCAAAGUCCACCUGGACUACGCACCCAAUGGUGCCCGGACACAUUUGCGGAAAUACCACCCGACGAUGACAAAAGCGGCCAAGGACAUCAUCUCCGCCGAGGACAAGCUGCUUUCCGAGGGCAAGUCGUUGCCUGAGGAGUACGCAGCAUCUGGAUUGGGUCCGCGUUGGGCGUUGUAUUCCAUCUGGCGGCCAUUGAAGCGGGUGGAUCGAGACCCACUUGCAUUAGGCGACGCCCGUACGUUUCUUGAGGAUGAUUAUGUGCCGGUCAUGAUCAAGACGCCAAACCUGGGGAUCCCUGGCGAGACUACCACCCACGACUCUGAGAGUUAUCUUGCCCACUGGUCGCCAGGUCAGAAAUGGCACUUCAUAUCCAAACAGGAGCCCGAAGAGGUCCUGGUCAUAGGCCUGUUUGACUCUGAUCGUGACAAAGACACCGUCGCCGCAGGAGGCACUCUUCACAGCAGCGUCGAUUUACCAGAUACCGGCAAUGAGGAGCCGCGUGAAAGCAUAGAGUUGAGAUGUCUGGCGAUCUGGUAACCACUCCUCUUAAUAACCAAACAGGUGCUGCAGAGAUGAUCUUGCGGCAGGAUUGUUGCAAUGUAGCUGUUCCAGUCGAUGUUGAAGCCAACUUCUUCAGUCGUGAUCGUUGAGGUGAGCCCUAGAGCUGCCCUGCGCGUCCUUCCAGAUGGUCCUCCAAUGAGGCAUAAGAUCAUUGUCGAAUUUCAACACCAAUCCCCCUAAAAUAUUGGCAGUGCGACCGUGUGUCUGCGCUGACCGUCUCCAUCCCCGUUGUGUGAGGCUUAUCGAAGAGCAAUCGAGCCCAGUGUUCUUCUGUUCUGCUUAGAGCAAACUCCUCCCACACUGGUGCUCCAUCAGCACGAUGGACAUUGGGAUCUAGUGCUCUGACAAAGCUCGUCCAAUAGCCUUGCAUGACAGGAACGAUCCAGGCAUUCGACUUGCCCUCUCGAUAACUUGCAGGCACCCCGCCUCGAACGUUCUCUGGGCCCCAGAUGGCAGCAAGCUCCACAGUGUGCGGUACGCCCAGACCUUGUGCCACCUGUGUCGGAUCUUCCACGUUGUACCGAUAGUUCCAGUUUCCUUUUAAUCCGUGCCGAGACAGGGUACUAGAAAUGAAGAGGUUCGGACACAUGUAGCGCAAAUCACCGUAUGCGUCAGAGACCUGUCGCCACCAGGAACCCGUGUUGGGGAAGUAAGGACCGUUAUUCGGGUAGAGUUCACUGAUUUGUUGCAAAUGUUCGGCCGUCAGAUGUGGGAACUGGUUGUGGAGGAAAGUCUCGGACUGUGAGCGACUGGAUGUCUUGCGAGGGGUGAAAAUUGUCCCACCAUUAGUAUCGUCUCCUGAGAUGACAGGAACGCGAACAAAUGACCCCGAGUCAAAGGCGUUAUAGGUGAGGUUCCGGAUGAAAUCGUGAUCGAGGACGGGGUUCCACAUGAAUAUAGGGGGUUUAUGGGCUCCAGGGUAUGGAAUAUUAUGGUUGUGGGCUUGGAGUUCGCCGGUGCUUUUCGAACGCAAGCAAGCCAGACUGUCGUCGUCGGUCUUGGUUGGUUGACUAGCACACCCGAGGCGUGCAGCGAGAUUGUCGUACUGAUACUGGCUCUCUUCGACCGUCAGCAUUGGAGCAAAACUGACAGACUCGAGAGCAGCCCCAACAAACAGCCCAUCAUCCCGACCACCAAAAGCUGUGAGCUGUAGGGCAACUGAGGUAGCACCGGCAGAAUCUCCUCCAAGCACGACAUGUUCAGGAUCACCACCAAAUAGAUGGAUAUACUUCCGUACCCAUUCGAGUGC